AUGCCUGCCCAGUCGAACAAGCCCACCGAGCGGCUGCACCAAGUGUCGCAGCACCUGCAGCCGUCUCCCCCACCUCGCCCUUCAACUCGUCCUCCCGCCGCCUUUCGCUGGCGUCCUGCCCUCCCCGCCGACCUACCCGUCUGGCACACGCCCCUGAACCCGAUCACGUUCCUCCUCAAGGCCGCCCUCAUCCGCCCCGACCACCCUGCGCUCGUCCACCCGGGUCGAGCCGGCGGCGGCGUCUCGUGGACUUACUCGGCGUGGGCAGAGCGAGUCGCCCAGCUCGCCUACGCCCUACGUGCACGCGGUCUCGAGGAGGGCGACCGCGUCUUUGUCCUCGGCCCCAACGUCCCGUUCGUCUCCGACGCGCUCCAAGCCGUCCCCGCCGCCAAGAUGGUCCUCGUCGUCGUCAACACUCGCCUGUCGGCGCCCGAGAUCGAGUUCCUCGUCCAGGACAGCGGCACCAAGCUCAUCCUCGUCGACGAAUCGCUCGUCCACCUCUUGCCCGAGGACGUCGUCGCCGGCGGCGGCAAGGUGCAGGUCGUGCGGUGCGUCGACACGGGCAAGGCCGACGACCCGUACGAGCAGUUCCUGCGCGAGGGCGCCGCGUACGACCAGAAGCUCGGCGGCAAAGAGUGGGCCGGGCUCGAGUUUCACCGCGACGAGGAGUCGACCAUCGCCAUCACCUACACGAGCGGCACUACCUCUCGGCCCAAAGGCGUCGAGCUCACCGCCCGAGGCUGCUACCUCGCCGCCAUCGCCAACGCCGUCGAGUCGCGCCUCACCGACAAUUCUAUCUACCUCUGGACAUUGCCGAAAUUCCACGUCCUGGGCUGGUGCUUCCCCUGGAGCACGACGAUGGCGAUGUGCACGCAAGUGUGCCUGCGCGCGAUGGACUACUCGGUCAUCUGGGACGCGUUCCUCAACGACGGCAUCACACACUACAACGCCGCGCCGACCGUCCAGAUCGCCAUUGUCGGUCACCCGAAGGCGCGCAAGCUCGAUAGGCCCCUGUUGGCCACGAUUGCCGGCGCCGCACCGACGGCGACCCUCAUCCAGCAGCUCGAGAAGCUCGGCAUCACGGUCGUGCACGUGUACGGCACGUCAGAGGUGUACGGCCCGAUGACGAGAACUUACUACGUCGACCGGGCCUCGCCGCACUACUAUCGCGACAUGGCCAAGCAGGGCCACGCAUUCCUCACCGCCGACGACAUCCGGAUCGUGCGUCUCACGCCCGAGGGCGAGCCGCCGACGACCGACCUCACCGAGACGGCGCCCGACGGCCAGGAGGUCGGCGAGAUCGUUCUUCGCGGGAAUCUCGCCAUGAAGCGGUAUUUCAAGAACGAGGAGGCGACCAAGAAGGCGUUCGCCGGCGGCCACUACCAUACUGGCGACCUCGGCAUACGUUACCCGGACGGCACGUUCGCCAUCGUCGACCGCGCAAAGGACUUUAUCAUCUCGGGCGGCGAGAACAUCUCGUCGCUGGCGGUCGAGAGCGCGGUCGCUGCGCACGAUGACGUGUUCGAGUGCGCCGUCGUCGGCAGGGCGCAUGAGAAGUGGGGCGAGCGACCUCACGCCGUCGUCGUCCUCAAACCCGGCUCAAAGUGGCACGGCAAGCAUGCCGAGUUCGAGGCGGACCUCAAGGGCGCCCUGCGCGGCAAGAUCAGCGCGUUCGCCAUCCCCGAGUGGGUCGAGGUCGUCAAGCCCGAGGAGCUGCCCAAGACGUCGACCGGGAAGAUCCAGAAGGUCGCUCUGCGCGACCGCGUCAAGAAGCUCUCGCAAUGAUCUAGCUCUCCUCAUUCUGCUUUCGAGAUCGACCAACAAGUAGUGCACUGUAUCUGUCUAUAGCUACUGCAACGACGAGCCGUCUCCCUCAUUGUCCGGGCGCCUUCUCGUGCUUGACGAGGUCCGUGCGGCCCUCGAAGACGUCGUGCGCCGGCGCAAGAUGGCGCUGCGAGUGCGCGACCUUCUCGACCUUCUCGAGCACGCGCAAGACGUUCUCGCUCGUGAGGCCCUUGAUCUCCUUGUCGCUCCAGCCGCGCUUGAUGAGCUCGGCGACGAGGUUCGGGUACUUGCUCGUGUCCUCGAGCCCCUCGGGAACCGCCUCGAUGCCGUCAAAGUCACUCCCGAUGCCGACGUGCUCCCUGCCGGCGAGCUUGCCGAUGUAGUCGGCGUGGUCGGCCAUCGCCUCGACGUCGGCGCGCCGGCCCUUGCCGUCGGGGAACUCGCUGACGAACGACGGCGAGAAGUUGAGCAUGACGAUGGCGUCGCCCGACGGCACCUCCUUGUCGACCUCGCCCGAGUCGGCGCCCCAGCCUCGCCCUCGCUCGCCGUCCAUGGACAAGUUGAACUUUCCUCGACGUGCCGGGUCGAUCGAGCCGAUGCGCCGCAGGACGGCGUCGGGCACGUUGCGCACCACGUCGUGCACGCCUCGC